AUGUCCCAGGCAUUUGCUACUGCGAGAACAGCUCUGGCCGGCCUCUGCUCAAGCUGUAUAUAUCCACAACUUAAAAUCAUUAUACCUUCCAGAGCAUUUCACGCCUUCCACCCAUGGCGACCUACUACCAAAAUCUCCGAUCUUUCUGUCAAGGACGCUCAACUCCGAAAACUUCCGCCGUGCCCUCCAUAUCCUUACGGACCAAGACACACAUUCAAGGAAGCAGAUCAAGGUCUCUACGGAGGCGCGCUCGUGCAGUCCGGCAAUAAAAUCUCGAAGGGCAGGAACAAGGGCAAAACACGACGAAAAUGGUAUCCUAACGUCCGGUUGGAGACCAUUCGAAGCGAAGCACUCAAUAAGACAAUGACUAUACCAAUCACCGCAUCAUGUAUGCGCACCAUCCGAAAGUGCGGUGGACUUGAUCAGUACCUUUUAGGUGAUAAGCCUGCCAGGAUAAAGGAGCUUGGGCUAUUCGGCUGGAGACUUAGGUGGAAGGUCAUGAGCUCUGCAAAGAUGAGGGUAGAAUUCCAACGGCAGAGGAAGAAACUUGGCUUACCUCCGAAUCACUCAUGCUUUGAAUCAUUUGACGAGGUUUGGGAGAAGGAUCAGGAGCUCAAGGAGGAGGUGAGGGAAGAACAGGAGAAGCAAUGGCAAGAGUUGAGGGAAAGAGACAACAGAUUUCGGCAGCAUGUGAUGAGCCAUUGGAAGGACGAUUACAGAAAAACGAAGGAACCAAAAAGUGUGGUGCCACCCUUUGAUGAAGCAGCAUUCGAGUCCUUGUGA